UAAACGACGUUCAGAGCUUUUGGAACUUUAUACGAUACACGCUGACUCCUGCGUUAUACGGCAACCAGUGGUACAACGGUGACAGCAGGGAACCAGGUGGAUUUAUGACGGACAAGACGUCAUAUGUAGUUGGACCUGUCAGACUAAGGCAGCUGAGGGUGGCCAAAGAUAGUUCAUGCAAGUUGGCCGAGCCAGUUGAAGGUAUCUUCCAGGACUGCACCAAUGCGUAUUCCUACUUGACCCAAGACAGCAGCAGCUAUGGGAUGGGUUGGUCGGAGACACCUCACGCAAAUGCAAGUUCACUGGUGCAAAAUGAAACCAAUCCUUGGGUGUAACCGUCAUUCUGCAGAUAUCCCGGUUGUAGGAACACACGCCACCUAUUGGGAUGGGGGCUACUACGUUACAUUCUCCAACAUCACGCCCACCGCCGUACUCGCCACCGUGGCACGGCUGGAGCCCAGCGGCUGGAUCGAUCGGUACACCCGAGCCGUUUUCAUCGAGAUGACGAUCUACAAUCCCCACGCCAACCUGUUCUCCGUUGUGAAUCUGUUGACUGAGUUUACUACCGUAGGAAACGCCUAUCCCCAUGUGGACAUCACGACAGUCCGUCUCUACCGCUUCCAGACCUUCUGGGCUUGGGUUGUGGUCGGCUUCCAAGGAGUCUUCAUCAUUUUCACCUUGUACUUCGCUUUCAGGGAAAUGGACCAUAUCGUGAAGCUACGGAGCUUGUACUUGAAGACGUUCUGGGGCUGUGUAGAGCUGAGUUUGGCGAUCCUAUCUCUAGCGGAAGUCGGGGUCAUGCUAUACACCUUGUACAUUGUCCUCGAGUUCCAGUCAAAACAAGGGGCAAACACAGGACCAGUUGAGAAAACGUUUGAGAAGUACCGCAGGGCUGCGUACUGGGGCCAGAUCAACACGUAUCUGCUGGGCUGCUUGGUUUGUGUGGGGACACUCAAACUGCUGCACCUCCUGCGGUUCAACAAACACGUUGUUCUCGGCGCAGACACCAUAAAGAAGGCAGCCGGGCCACUAUCCGGGUUCUUCUUGAUUUUCACCCUAGUAUUCCUCGCUUUUGCGAUGUUUGCCGCCCUCGUCUUUGGCCCUUCGGAGGAAGGAUUUUCGCCCUUCAUCGCCACGCUGGAAACGAUGCUCACGAUCUUGCUGGGAAAGUUCUAUGAGAUGUCAGACCGGAAACCGAUCAUGGGGCCGCUCUUCACCUUCUCGUUCAUCACGUUCUUUCAGUGGGUGAUAGUCACCAUGGUUGUUGCUAUCCUAGACUGCGCCAUACACGAGGUUGCAGAAGAGAACUCCCAGCAGAAGCCGGAAACUGAGCAGGUUGCAGACCUGAUGUUGGAGCGACUGCAGUCCUGGGCAGGAGGGCUGCUACAGCGUGGGAAGGGAAGGUCAUCGGCAGUCAUCAAGGAGACCUACAAGCCUACAGAGGAGGAGCUGACGGACUUCUUGACAAAUGCUGACUUCAUACGAUUCAGGGGCCAACAGGAGAAUUCAUCCACUGCUAUCGAGUUUUGCAUUGAGAAUCAAAUGUCAAGGUGUAUGUCAUCGCCAGUCAUCAAAGAGACCUACAAUCCUUCAGAGGAGGAGCUGACAGACUUCCUGACAAAUGCCGAUUGCAUACGCUUCAGCGGCCAACAGGACAAUUCAUCAACUGCAAUCGAGUUUUGCAUUGAGAAUCAAAUGUCGCUUAGGUCGUCAUCAGUCAUCAAAGAAACCUACAAUCCUACAGAAGAGGAGCUGACAGCCUUCUUGACAAAUGCUGACAUACGUUUAAGAGGCCGACAGGAGAACUCAUCAACUGCUAUCGAGUUCUGCAUUGAGCAUCAAAUGUCUUCUGCCACAGCAUAGUUUGUUAAUACGUACAUAAAGAUUACAAUUUUGCAUUUUUACGUGUAGUAAAUAUGGAAGUGCAAACCUAAAUUUAGGUAUGUUUGGGUAUAUCAUAGUCAAUAGUGCAUUCCUCAUUAUUUCACCCCAGAUGGAAACCUGGGUUGGAAACUGGAAACCCAAUUUACUACUACAUUAUUAUUAGUAUCAUUAGCUUGUCUUAAAAGUUAGGAUUCAGUGUUGUAGCCUCUAUGUAGAUUUCAACUACAGUACUGUAUACUUAUAAAACCCCUCUGUAUCUGGAAGAUAGUCAAACUUUUACCAACAUGUAUAGAAGCACAGAUUAAAUUUUAUGCUAGUACUAGUAAUAUGAAGAUUCCAGUAGACAUUGGGAUGUCACCAGUGUUUGACACUGUCAUAUAGUUUGAGGUUGCGUUUGACAUUGUACAACUUCUCAUAGAUGACAAUGAUUUGGAGAUAAGAAGUGGAUAUCAUGGACAGAUAUUGAGGAGAGAAAAAGAAGGCCCCAUCUUCAAGAAACUGUAAGAUGUAUAUUAAAAAAUAGCUUUGUUUGAGUCCAGUCUUGUUUACCAACAUUUGCUGGUCAGGUAGUGGAAGCAGACCAAAACAAAAAAGACUGGACUCCAGGCUAAGGAAUUACUGGCAUAUACAUUAUACGUGUAUAUUGAACUUUUGUUAUGCUUCAGUUGUACACAGCAAUUAAGUUCAUGUCUCCCGUCAGUUGGCAACACAUUUAAAAUGAAGUGAAAUUAGCCAUCCUACAGGUUGUGUGCACUUGGGUAUGGGCCAUAUGCACAUUUUUCAAGAGCUUGCAUACUGUAAAAGCUUGGUCCUGUUCAUGAUAUGGAGUGAUGUGAUUUUCAAUCAUUUUGGCUUGAGAAGUAGUAGAUUAACAUGCACUUGUGACUAAAGGGACUCACAGAAUGUGAUGGUAUGAACAAUUAUUCAUAGCGGUUCUUUCAGAUGUUUUGUGACAAAAAUAGUUUUAGACACAUUAGCAUAACAGUAUACAUUUGGUAGAUUGAUUUUU